AGGAAACAAAGGUUCUGCCAACAGCGACACAGGGAAAGCUUUCAUUAACAAAAAUAUCCCAGUUUGUUAAAACAGCGAGGAACAUCACAUGCUCUGAGAACCACCAUGUCUGCUUUAUCGCUCUUCAUCAGCUGCGUUCUCCUGUCAGAAACCGUCCUCUGUUGGUCUCGCUUUCAUAAAAAUGCUCGUGCUGAAGCUGGACAGAAUGUAACUCUGCCUUGUCAACUUCCUCUCAACAACACCGUCUUAGAUGUGGGGUGGAGAAGAAUCGAUUCAAAGCGAGACAAAAUAGUCCUUAGAUAUCAAGAUGAGAAGAUUGAUGAAUCUAUACAGAGUCCUUACCUGGACCGGGUGGCCCUAAAGGACAUCAAGAAAGGAGAUGUCUCUUUGGUUCUGGAAGACACAAGAACUAAUGACAGUGGAUUCUAUGAGUGCAUGGUGUAUUACAGGGACUUCAAUGAAGCAGACCGUGGUCUGUUGUGCAUCAUCUGGUUGAUUGUCUUUGAUUCUUCUCCUACUCCUGUUCAUCUUUCAAGGGAUGAAAAGGAAGAGGAUGAAGGGAACAAUGAUGAUGAAUAUGAACCAAAUAAUGGAGGAAACAUGACUGAACAUAACAAGUUUGAAGAAAAUAAAGUAGUAAAGGAAGUAAAGAAAGACAUUAUUAUAAUGCCAAUUUUCUUUGUUAUAAUUAUCUCUAUAGCAGCUUUUGUGGUUUAUAAAUGUUUUGUUAGAAAAAAAGAGGCCUGACUUAAAGGUGUGGUAUUCUCACACUGAGUUACUGUAAACAGUCUUAUCUGGACAAAUAUGGGAUUUACUUUGCCAUUUCUUGAGCUUUAACAUUACAAAUCAAUUCAGGAAUAUUUUGUCACCUGUAAGACAAUUCUUCACCGUUUAGAAACAAAAACAUGACUGUUAGAAUAAUUGGCUUCUCUAAAUUGUCCUUAGGUGUGAGUGUUUGUGUGCCUGGUUGGACAUUUUUGUAUUUCUGUGUUGUCCUGCGGCACACAGCCGACCUGUCCAAGGUGAACAAGGUGCAAUUCUUCUGCCAUUUGACUGGGAAGGGCCAUUUCGAAUGGCUGCUACUGUAUACAAAACGGUCAGAAGAUGGCGACACAUUCAAGGAGUAAGGUUGUAUAAUCACCACUAUGUCUAUUCAUUUAAGAUGUUUCAAAUAUGGAUGUUUAUCAAGAAUAAUGAUGUAGGAGCUGAUUCUAUGAACACAACAAUUUUUAAAGAGUGUGUAGACCUUUACAUGUCAGGCAAAAAUUGUGAAAUGCGGUGAAACUUGUAGCAGGAUGUCUGAUAAUCCAUGUAUGCCCUAUGAAGCUUAGAUGAUGAGGUGAUCACCUCUUGUCCUUUACAUGGAAAUACAGUAUUCCACAGAGACCAUGAGAUGCAUUUUUGAACAGUAAAAGAGACAAGC